AUGUUUGCUUCAUCAAUACUGCCAGUGGCGCUAUUCGUAGUGUGUUUGAUAAAAGCGACCACAGGGAACCUGGUACUGUCGGUGACACAAUUCCAAACGUCGAGCUGUAGCGAUCGGCAGGCGCCCGGCAUUUUUUGUACCGAUUGCAACACGGUGGCCGUAUGCGUGAAGAUUGGUACCGUGUGGGAAACGUUCUGGGUUGAGGCAUGCAAUCCAGCCGAGGGUCUGUACUGCAACGAGUUCGACGGCGGCUGUUCGACGAGCGCCGGGUCGUGCAAUCCGGGCGGUGACGGAAACUUCGAAUGCAACACACCGGGCAUAUUUCCGGAUCCGUUCAACUGCCGGCUGUAUCACAUGUGCUUCAUGAACGGCAACAACCCGGUUGCCAUUAAUAUGGACUGUGGUGGUGCGGCCUUUUCACCAACGACCGGCGAUUGUUCACUGUCGCUGAACGAUACCGUGUGCCUGUCACCGCAGUUCAACUGUAACACCUUGGGUCAGAUGGAUGCGUGGCCGGGAAAUAAUAAUAUCUACUACAUCUGCGUAGCGGAAACGGUGAAUGACAAUCGUGUGUUGCGCCCACGCCUGUACCGAUGUCCGGCAAAUCAAAUUUUCCAGCAGGGGCAGUGUAUGCAGCGCGAUUGGUCUGACAUGCCACCGGGUACGAUUGUGCCGUUCGAAUGCCAACGGCCGGGAUUGUUUGCCGAUCCGGCCCACUGUCGUUACUAUUACAGCUGCAGCUCGGAGCUUGUAGCAAUGCAUUUACAAUGUAUGGAAGGUACUUACUUUAAUCCGGAAACAGUUUCCUGUGUGUUGGGUGUGUGCUAG